UCUAGACUUGCGAGAGGAGCUGCUCUCAGGUGACAGACGAGCCUCGUACCGUCCAAGAACAGCCAAAAACUUCAGUUAUGACUGACAAUACCUAAAUAGCAAUACAUCGAGAGUUUAUUUAGAGUAUAUUUAGAACAUAGAACCGCAAAGAGCCCUUCUCUAAAUGCCUUCAGCCGCGCGGAUGAGAGAAGGGGAGGGAAUGGCAUUUAUUUUCAAGCUGGACUCCGGCUCUUCAGUUGAGUUGAAUGAAUUGAUCUACGCAAUAAAAUAUAUGCAUAUACAUUAGUUUUUACGAUCGAGAGAAGGCAGGAGACAGAAUAAGAAGAGCGCGAGAGUUACAGUCAAUAGAUGCUGUAUGAGGAGUCGCGCGAGCGGACGCUUCAUGAGGGGCGAUGGAGAUGCUGAUGGACUGGAGAACUCCAACAUUUCUGCUUCUCACCUCACUGUUACUGAUUACAGGUGACUCCCAGCGGGUCGAGAUGCCACGUAAAGACAUGGAGGUAAUCAUGGGGCAAAUGGUGGUUCUGGAGGCCUGGUACACCCCAACCACCUCCAUCGACAAAAACACCGUCAUCUGGAGCUUUAUGGCCAAUGACUCCAAACAGGUCAUUUCAUACUCAUCGGGACAGAUUGGCAUUGGUAGCCCUGACUUUCGUAAGCGGGUGGGUUUUGCUAUGUCCAUGCCCUCCGCCAAUUUGUCAAUCUUCAUCAACAACACACAGGAGUCGGACUCGGGUCGUUACCUCUGUAACGUCAUCAUCCCUGGAGCUGCAGGCCUCACCGGAGAGCUUCGCCUCAAUGUCAAAGUUCCUCCAUCUACACCCGUCUGCUCUAUGACUGGAAAUCCUGUCCUGAGGGGAAACGUAACACUGAGCUGUAAAUCGGGCUAUGGCAAACCUGUUCCUCAGUACAAAUGGACCAAAGCUGCUCCGCUCUCUGAGGUCUUCUUCUCUCCAAUGCAAAAGUGGAGGUCCUGCCCUCAGCCUCUGCUUGUGCUGGGAUACCUGGAUGAGAGGCAAGGAACCCUUCGGCUUAGCAACCUCACCAAAAGCAUGUCCGGCAAAUAUGUUUGCCGUGCCAGUAACACAGCUGGAACAGACAGCUGCCAUAUCAAUCUCGAGGUCUCCACACCUAAUAAUGCAUGGGUCAUUGCUGGGGCCACGGUGGGAUCAGUGGUGGGUCUGAUGGCUCUGGUCUUAUUCCUGAUAUUUAUCCUGAGGAGAAACCGGGACACUGAGGAGGAGAUGGCCAAUGAUAUCAAGGAAGACGCCCAGGCCCCAAAACGUGUUUCCUGGGCAAAAAGUGGCACAGGCUCAGACAUCAUUUCAAAGAAUGGCACACUGUCCUCCAUAGCCACCAGCCCUCCUGUACGGGACCCUAACCAUCCUCUGCAAAAUAACCAUUACCCAUUCCCCCCUGGUGCUUCGGAUACAGCCUCCAUUCUCACCACCUCUGGCAGUACAACCACCUACCGCCUCCGCCCAGGGGAGCCCAACCCGCUGCACGGCUUGCCUGGAUAUAAUGCCAGCAGCACACCAAAUCACACACAUCGCCACCAUCACCACCACCACCGCCAUCACAAUCCCGGAGGAAUCAACCCAAACGGUUCCUCAACAUUAAGGACUGAGGGGCCACAGCCACAGGCUCCGCGCCCCCUAAACAUGCCUAUAAACAAUGCCACUCUGUCCCGCAUGGGAGCAGUGCCAGUCAUGGUGCCCACCCAAAACCAUGCCGGGUCACUUGUGUAGCUUCCCUCGAGUCAAACAAUGUGCUAAAGACUAUAUAUCCUUUUAGAAAGGGUUUUGACAGGGAAAGUUUUUUUUAGGUAAGAUUGCAAUCAGUCAUGUUUUGUUUGUUUAUAAGUGUAAUGUUUUUCUUUUUUACUGAAUUGCAUUUGUUUUUUUAUGCCUAAAAACUCUUUAAUCAUCUUUUCAAACUGUUUCACUAACCAAGAACAGUAUUUUAUUUUGCCAGUUUAACAGGGUGUUAUACAUUUACAAUUCCAAUUGCUGAUGUCACUGAUGAUGUUGCUCUGUUUGUUUAUGGCUUUACAUUUAUUCAGAUCCCUUUUAUGGGAAUUUACACUGUGUAGGUAGUUGCAACACUAUAUUAAUGCUUUUAAGUAAUUGCAUUAUGAAGCCAAGAUGGUGUGGAAGGACAUCACAAUGUACUGUAGCAUGACUCUGCAUUGUGUGAGAUCAUGAGCAGGAAGCUAUAAAGCAAUCCUGAACAAAACGAAGCUUCUGUACCUUCGGCAAGUGCACUUUGUGAAUUGUGUUUGUUUCCCUAUAACAGUUGCACAAGUACUAAAUCACAAUGUCUAGGGGGUUGACCCAGAUGUGAUAAAAGAACUGCAUUAGGCCACAGAUCCUGCUCUCCAGGUUAUCAAGGAGAUGGCUAGAACCAUUGACCAUUCUGUGGUAGCCCAGAAAAGACAUCUAUGAUUAAAGGCUACAGGCAGCAAGGAAAUAAUCUUCCCUCAGUAAAGUUCUGGCUCCAGUGGUGUCAGGCUUUUGACUCUUCUGAGAGCAAACAGUCCAUACCUCACCUUAUGGUGGCCGCUUUCCUUCAGUGCCCUCAGAGGCUCGUCCUAGGUAGCAUACUUCAUGCCAAGACAGAGGCUCUAGGACAGGGAUGUCAAACUCACUUUCUGGAGGGCCGCAGCCCUGCAGUUUAGUUCCAACCCUAAUUAAACACACCUGAUCAAACUAA